AUGGCCAAAUUGGUUCAUGAUGUACAGAAGAAACAGCACAGGGAGAGAUCCCAGCUGGCUGGGAGAGCCAGACUGGGCUUCCUAGAAAAACACAAGGACUACGUCAAAAGAGCCCAGGAUUUCCACAAGAAGCAAAACACGCUAAAGAUCCUCAGAGGCAAGACAAAGGAGAGGAAUCCUGAUGAGUACUACCAUGCGAUGAACACGCGGAAAGUGGACUCCAAGGGUUUGCUUAUAGCGUCCCGUCAUGGGGAUCUCGAGACGUCGCUGAGCAUGGAGCAAGUCAAACUGCUCAAAACACAAGAUUCUAACUACAUGAGGACUUUGCGUCUGAUCGAAUCGAACAAGGCACAGAAGAAACAGGAUGAAUUGAUGUUCCAGGCAAACGGGAAGCAUACUGUGUUUGUGGAGGAGAAAGACCAGUUGCAAAAUUUUAAGCCAGAGGAAUUUUUUAACACUAGUAAAGACAUGCUGGAAAGAAGGGAGAACAGGUUGAAUAAUGAGCAAUUGAGUGCCAACUUACAAAACGUUCAAUCAACGGGUGCAGAAAGCAUCAUGCCAAAGGCCUCCCUUGAUAAAAAGAAACUGAAGAAAUUUAAAAUAGUGAAACAGCAUCUCGAAAGAGAGAAGCAAAUGAAAGAGGUGGAACAAAGAAUGGAGCUACAGAAGGAGGUCAUGAAAAAGGGCUCCAAAAAGAAAGUCGUCGAUAGUAAGGGUAAUAUUUCCUUCAAGUGGAAAAAACAACGUAAAAGGUAA